CACUAUAAAAUAUUUUUGAUUAAUUGAUGAUUAUUUAUUUUUUUUUAAAUUAACAAAAUAAAAUUAUGAUAGAUGUGGAUAUUUUAAAUCAUUUCUUUCAUUUAUUUAUGGAAUGGAUGAAUUAAAUCGUUGAGCAAAAAUUAAUGUUUUAUUAUUACAAUGGUAGAAGAAACUGUUAAUUCUACAAAUAAGCCAAAAAUUAAAACAGCUCGACCAAGACCAGUAUAUUUAUGGAAUGUUUUAGAUGUCCAGAAGUGGUUACGGAGACAUUGCAGUGACUAUUAUCAAUUAUAUCAUGAAAAAUUUCUUUAUCAUGAUAUUACCGGAAGAGUACUUUUAAGAAUAAAUGAAAAUAUUUUACUAAGACUUGGAAUUGACAAUGAGCAACAUAGAAUGGAUAUAUGGAGAGAGAUUAUGAAGCUGCAUCUUAAGACUGACAUGUUAGAAAUUAGGGACAUAGAGCGUCGCAACAAUGUAAAUUUUGAUUAAAAUGGAUAUUUCUAUUUAAA